AAAUGCCCAAAAUGAAAUGCUUCACUGCUUUGUGUUUGCUUCUUCUUCAACAUGUAGUGCUGGGUGAUAUUGUUAGCACACUCAAAAGUCAUCUUUCAGUGUCAGUCAGUAGUGAAUGUUCUAAUGCUUUGGAUUUGUAUCUGGAAAACUUGUAUCACGCUCCUGGAGAUGAUAAUUGGGCCUUAAAAAUGCUAGAUGCAAGUUCCAAAUUACCUACUGGACUGCUUUCUUACAAUUUUGGUGAAAUGGGUGACUUUGAGGAAUGCUUGGCAACAGAAUCACUAGAUCAUUCAAUCCAACCUAGGUACUGUUUGGGAGGCUUUUCCACGUCGAGUUUUCAGAAAAUAUAUGAACAAAACAGCUCAGAUCAUGAAAAAAUAUUGCAGCAGAUGAAUAUCAAAACAAGACUACGAAAUCUUCUAACACCUACAUUGAAUGACAAUAACGAAGAGGAAAAUAGGGCUGCCAGAAUGAUAACAGGUCCAAGUUGGGCUGUUUGUCUUCCUAAGAAUUGUUCGCAAACAGACAUCAACCAAAUAUUUUCCAAACUUUCAGUGGAAUUUACUUGUCAAACUAGGGAAGAUUUGGAUAUUCCACUCACUAGUGGGGCAAUCACAACUAUCGUUAGCUUUGUUGUUGUCAUCUGCAUAAUGAUAGCAUCGACUUCAUACGAUAUUUACUGCAACUCCACUACUAGAGUACCUCCAAACCCAGUUCUGAUUUCAUUUUCGAUAUAUACUAAUGGCAGCAAGCUGUUCAAGAUGGGAAAAUCAUCAGAGUUUUCUAGUAUAUAUGGAAUCAGAGUAAUAAGCAUGAUGUGGGUGAUUUUCGGUCAUACUUUUCUGGAUGCCAUAUCCGGACCAACUACAAACUUGAAGGCCGUUAUUGAGUGGUGCAAGCAGUUGGCCAGUAUGGUAGCUAUCAGUGGUACUUUGGCAGUUGACACAUUUUUUGUUAUUGGAGGUAUCGUAUUGGCUUACACUUUUAUGAAGAUGAAACACAAUGGAAUGGAAUUCAAAAUCUGUCAGUUUUACAUUCAUCGAUAUGUCAGGUUGACUCCCCCACUGGCAGCAAUGGUAUUAGUGACUGCAACUCUUUCAUCAUAUUUUGGCUCCGGACCCCAUUGGUCUUCAGUUAAGAUGGUUUUGGAAGAUGCUUGUAAGAAAGAUUGGUGGACAGCAUUAUUAUACACACAAAACUAUUACCAUGUUAGCAGUAAUAGCAUGUGUAUUGGGCAAUCAUGGUAUCUGGACGUUGACAUGCAGUUAUUCAUCCUGUCACCAUUGGUUCUAUUACCACUCUGGUACUAUCCAACGAUAGGGCAAUGUUUACUCUAUGGGUAUAUAGGCGCCACCAUCAUAACUAAUUUCUGCAUAGGUUAUAUCAAUGACUUGUCUGCUUUGUUGACUGCCCAAAUUAUAACACCAACAAUUGGAGGUGGCGAUAUGAUGUCUAUUCUUUAUAUGAAAACUCAUGCUAGAGCUACUCCCUGGCUGAUGGGGAUCUCAGUAGGAUAUUAUUUAUCACUAAUAAACUUCAAGAAUAAGACAGUUCCCCGGUUGCGAAGAGAGGUUGUAUUGGUUGUAUGGGCAGUUUUCCUUGCCGUUAUCCUGACUUGUGUGUUCGGAGGACAUUCGACCCUGAUGGGUCCUGAAUACGACAGAUGGGGAAAUUCUCUGCACAUCGCUUUAGUCAGACCUGCCUGGGCAUUAUGCGUCGCUUGGGUGAUUGUAGCCUGUUAUCUGGACUACGGAGGUCCGAUCAAUACGUUUCUCUCAUUACCUAUCUUCCAAGUACUCAGUAGAUUCACCUUCAGUAUAUACUUGAUCCACUUGAAUCUAAUUUACUACAGGAGCUUCUCCUACAAAACAGGAACACAUUUCAGUUUCUUUGAUAUGACAUGCCAAUUUUGGGUCUAUCUGAUAUAUUCCUUUGGUCUAUCGAUAUUUUGGACCUUAGCUUUCGAAUCACCCUUUAUUGCCUUAGAAAAACUUCUAUUGACAUGAUGGUUGUUCAGGAAUUAGGACUAGUUCUUCGGUCAGCAGAUAUACUCAAUUUCAGAAGCUUUCAUAUCGGCACCAGUCUCUUCAUCAUUCUUGUAUAAGGAGUACAAGUAUUAAGAGAGAUAUGGGAGUUGAUGUAAUAUUCGGAAGUAGAAAUGGAAACUCAAUUCACUAUAAGGUUUAUUAAUUUGUCAACUUGUAUUCGUCGAUGUCUAUAGUUGAAUAUUGUUAAAAAUAAAAUGAGUUAUUUUUA